AUGGCAGGGCUGUGGAAGGCCUUUGUAUUGGUGGUGGCCUCAGCAGUGGUGUUCUGUGAGGCCCAUCGCCCACCAAGAUAUGAAGAUAUUGUCACCCAGGCCUUGAAGUUCUACAAUAAUGGGCAGCAAGGAAAGCCCCUCUUUCGCCUGCUGCAAGCCACCCCACCAUCUGGAAGGACCUCCAACUUCAAGAUCCCACUCAACUUCAGGAUUAAAGAAACAGUAUGCACUUCCACACCAGAAAGACAGCCUCAAGACUGCGCCUUCAAGGAGGACGGGGAGGAGCGAAACUGCACUGGUGAAUUCUUCAGGCGGAGGUUUACCCGCUCCCUGACAUUGAGCUGUGACAGGGACUGCAGGAGAGAGGUCACCCAGGUGAGCAGUUUUGCUGAUUACCCUGUGGCAGAUAUCCCCAAGGAGGACGACACCACUGAGCUACCACCCGCAAUUAAGAACAUUUAUGAAAAUGCCAAAAAUGACAUCAUCAACAACAUUCUGCGGAAUUUCUAGGGCUGGAGGAGGGAGGGAAAACCCUGCCUGUCCACCACAACCUCCCACUGUCAACCUCCCUCUACUGCCUUUAGCACCUCCUUUCCUGAGCUAUCCAAGAAUGCCUUCUUUAGAGCAACCUCCUACUCCCAAAGCAUCCCUGCCUUUGCACACCUGCUUUCCUCUGCUGGGACUUCCUGUCCCCCAGUGUUUGAAACUCCAAUUUAUCCUUCAAGGCCCCAAAGUUGCUUCCUGCAGAAGCCUCCCCUCUCUCUCAGAACAAAAGUAUCCUUCCCUCUGUUAAUCCUCAAACCACAUUGGCAUUACCUGCUGUGCCCCCAACCAGACCACCCUGUGUCUGCUCACAGUUGGGCCUCCUGGCCAGUCACCAUGACAACUAACUGCUCCUUCACAUAUUCAGACACUUCUAAGGGGAGGUGGGAGAGUGUCAGAAGAUUUUGAGUGAGAAUCACAGGAGGGAUUCAAUAAAAUACUUCUGAGAUGAAUGAU